UAAAGAUAUAUAAACUUCAAGCAACACUGAAAACAAAACAACACUCAAAUGUCCAUCAGCUGAUGAACAGAUAAACAAAAUGGUACAUCCAUACAAUGGAAUAUUAUUUAACCAUAAAAAGAAAUGAAUUAUACAUGCUACAACAUGGAUGCAUUUUGCAAACAUGCUGAGUGAAAGAAGCCAGGCAAAAAAGGCCAUGUAUGAUUUCAUAUAUAUGAAAUUCAGUCCGGAAUAGGCAAAUUCAUAGAGACAACGCAGAUUAGUGGUGCCAGAGACUGGGGAAGGGAGAAUAGGGAGUGCUUGCUUAAUGGCUAUGGGGUUUCUUUUGGGGGGUAAUGAAAACAUUCUGCAAUUAGUGAUGAUGGUUUCACAACAUGGAGAAUGUACUAAAAAUCACUGAAUUGUACACUUUAAAAUGGUGGGGCACCUGACUGGCUCAGUUGGUAGAGCAUGCAACUCUUUAUCUUGGGGUUGUGAGUUUGAGCCCCAUGUUGGGUGUAGAGAUUACUUAAAAAUAAAAUUUAAAAAAAAUGGUUAAAAUGGUUAAUUUUAUUUUAUGUGAAUGUUAGCUCAAUUAAAAAAAAAAAAAAAAAAAGAGGGAUGCCUGGGUGGCUCAGUCCAUUAAGCACUCUGACUCUUGAUUUGGGCUCAGGUCAAUGGUUAAAAUGGUUAAUUUUAUUUUAUGUGAAUGUUACCUCAAUAAAAAACAAACAAAAAAAAAAAACAAAAAACAGAGGGGCGCCUGGGUGCCUCAGUCCGUUAAGCAUUCUGACUCUUGAUUUUGGCUCAUGUCAUGAUCUCAUGGUUUGUGAGCUCAAGCCCCACUCUCAGCCCAGAGCCUGCUGGGGAUUCUCUCUCCCUCUCUCUCUACCCCUCCCCCAUUCACGUGCAUGUGCGCUCGAUCUCAAAAUAAAUAAACUUAAAAAAUAAAAGAGUUAAGCCAGUAGAGAUUUAUGAUGGAUUCAUAAGUAUUCUUUAAAAAAGCCAGAAAAAGAGGAAGUGAGGAAAGAAGAACAGAUGGGACAAAUAGAAAAUAAAUAGCAAGAUGAUAGGCCAUCAGUAAUGGCCUACUGAGGGUUCCGAGCCCAUGGUCCCGGCUGUGAUGUAGGGGAGGCUGGUGGCAGCCACCACAGUGGUUUUGCCCUGUCCCCUGAAGAGGCAGCCAUGGUGUGGGUGGACCAAGGUGUGGUGGAGGCUGGGGGGCAGGUGAACUUGGCCCCCGAGGCUGGUGGGGCCGGUAGGGAAGGAUGAAUGAGCAAGGGGAAAAACAAGGAUGGAUGGAGGAGACAUGCUGAUGGUGGUGAAAUACCAUUUGGAGCUGCGUGCAUUUGGAGAUUAAGGCUGGUGGACCCUUUACAGAAGGAAGAAGAUACAGGACUUAAACCUUGUCUCACAAGUGUAUAGUAGAGCUAAAGAAGACAAACAAGCAAGGAUCAUCUGAAAUUGAAAUUAGCUCACUAAUAAUCUCAAAGUUGGAGAUCGCUACUCAAGCACAAGACCUUUACAAAGAUGGUUUGGGCACCUGGGUGUCUCAGUAGGUUAAACAUCUGACUUUUGAUUUCAGCUCAGGUCAUGAUCUCAAGGUUCAUGGGUUGGAAAUCUAAGCAUGGAAGCUGCUUGACAUUCUCUCUCUCCCUCUCUCCCUGCUCCUCCCCUGCUUGUGCGCAUUCUCUCUCUCAAAAUAAAGAAAUAAACUUAAAACAAACAAACAAACAAAAACUGUGAAGAUGGUUAAUAUAAAGGCCUGGGCUGAGUAUGUUGUGGAUUGGGCUGCAAAAGACCCGUAUGGCUUCCUUACAACAGUUAUUUUGGCCGUUACACCAUUGUUUCUAGUAAAUGCCAUAGUGUCCCAGAAAUUGGUCAAGAUGAUUGAGGCCAGGGAAAAGGACCAAAAGAAGAAACAAAAAUGUCAAGAAAAUAUUGCAAAAGCUAAAUAACUGCAUAAGCACUUAAGGAAUGAACAGGCUGUACAACCAGAGGUAAAUCGUUUGGAAAAUUAUGCAGUUUUGGAAGGACCCACUGAGGUUUCUGUUUUUCAUGACAGUAAUUUGUAGUAAAGUCUGAGCACAUGGAAGAAUCAUGUUAGUUAUGACUUCUACUGCAGCAACUUUUAGGCUUUGGUGUAGAAGUCUGUUGAUGGUUAUUGUAAAUUGGCAUUUAUUAUGCUAUAAAUUCUUUAUAACUGACUUAGUCAUUUGCCAUUUUGCAGUUUAUGUACUGUAAUGAAAGCAUCCUGUGGAAAAUAAUGACCCUACAUUAUGAACUCUAUUCAAAUAAUGG